CCUUUUUCACUUCCUCUUCUCUCAUGUUAUUCCUAUACCCCUUUCCCAUCCAUUGAACUUUCCUCUCAGGUAGUUGAUCAUCCCAACCAACCUGUAACUGCAUGAAGGAAUAAGUUUCAUCUUUUCCUCACUUGUUUUUUUUCCUUAUCUUUGCUCUUUUCAUUCACAGACGCACACCCAUCAUGCCCCCGAGGAUACGAAAAGCCAGUCUCUCGUGCCCUCUUUCCCACCUGCCCCUAUCCACACGCCCACAACCCUCAUCUCUCAUUCCAAAAUACCUUUCUCAACAUGGUGCUUGCUCAAGAGACUUUUCUACGUCCCUACAGCGAUCCACAGGCCUGCGGCGGGACAUGUUCAGAUGGCUGAACGGACCCGGUGCGGUUUUCAGGGACCCUGCUGAAGGCUCCACCAACUACCUCAGUGCAUACGACAGGGAGGGCAAUUUAAAUCGCAGAAAGAGGUCAGCCCGGUCGGAUGACGCUGAGGCAGAAAACUCUUCUGUGCAGGAGGUGCCCGAAGAGGAGCUAAUCGAUCUGAAGCCGUUUCCAAUGAAUCGGAAUUUUAUAAGCCACAAUGUGUUGAGUGAAGAGCUUCGAGAAGAGAUCUACUCGCGGGUAGUGACCUUGGGAAGAAGUGUACGGGUCGUGAGCGCUGAGCUUGGCAUUGACAUGAACCGUGUUGGCGCGGUGGUCCGACUUAAGACCAUUGAAAAGGAAUGGCAAAAAGAGGGUAAAACUCUUGCGAAGCCUUACGCCCGCGCUGUCAUGGAAAUGGUUCCGAAAACCCCAUACAAUCCUAACAACCCUAUCCCCCACGAGUCCAUCAAUGACCUUCCUGUUCACAGUGCUACUAUGCAGCAAAUCUUUGAGCCGACAUCUGAAUCGCGACGAUUCACGCGCGAAGACGCGGCUAAGGUCUUCCACCCCAAGCUGCUUCCCGCUGACAAGCGCAUCCCGCAUCCCGAGCUCAUUGAGCUCGAGCGUGAGCGGCUGGAGUCGGUACCUCGAGAAGAGCGUAUCAACCGCCAGCGCGAGCGUCUAGCCAAGGAAGCUCAACUGGCGACGUGGCGGAAGGAGAAGAAGGAAGAGUACGAACGGAAACACACAAAGGUGAUUGCGCCCAAGGCUGGCCGCUGGGAAUUCCGCUUCACGGACGUUAGCGUCGAUGCUGCGGGCAAGGAUGGCCGUGGCCCUGACGGCGUUGGUUGGCGGUACGGUAUGCCCCACGAGGAUCGCAAGCGGGGACAAGUCAAGAUCCCUACCAGCGUGCCUGCCUGAGUGCAGCUAUCUUUGGUGUCAUUAUCCAAUUGGUUUGGAAGUCUUAUGACAUGACACCUCUUCUCUCUUUUCAUAUUUUAUUGCGUCUAUGCAUCCACUUAUACGAGCAAUACCCAGCAGCUCGGUGUUGAUAUUUGAUGCGGAUACGUUAAAACGAUUCUGCUUUUUGUUUCUCUUGUUGAAAAUCUAGGUAUGGGAAUGGGGACAUUGGUCUACUUGUACGAUAUAGUGGUAAUUUCGCAUGGGACUGGGAAUCUGGAGUCGACCGGUGUUUUGAUUUCACUUGACUCGUCUUUGGGACUAGAGCCUUCACAUGGCUCUGAGCUUUUAGAGUUUUUACUCCCAAGUGUACGCAAUAUCCACCACUGUACUAUAUAGUUUUUAUACAUGACACACUCUUAUCCAGCU